GCAUUGAUGUCAGCAUCAUUUUGUUCCAGGCAAUCCAGGCGUCCCAGGUGCGCCUACCAACAUGGACGAGUUCGCCAAUGCCGUGUGGAACGCAGACGUAAACCGCCUAGCCGACUCCGAUUUUUCGCUCAACUUUGGUAACUACAUUAGUAACUCCAAUGACCAGCGGGACCUUUCGCUCAGGCCGCUGUUUUCGUCUGUGAACACAGCCUUUCUCCAGGGCGAGACAUACAAGACGAUGGUUGCCCUGUUCGAUAACUACAUCACGUCUGUGGGUCAGACCGAGAUCACUACGGCAACGGAGCGAGCUGAGCAAGACGCCUUUAUGGACGCCAUGUUUGAGACGGAAGUCAUGAAUAUAGCGUACGAGUACGUGAGAUACUUAGGUUAUUACUCGAGCCUUGCCGAGUACAAGGAUUUUGUGCGCGGACUGCUCUUCACGCCCUACACCCGCAAAGCCACCAGUGAUACCUCGGGCUUCGAGCAUGUCUUCGCCGGCGAGUGGUCGAGCACUACGUCGGUGUCCGGUUUCCACAACUGGGUGCGCAUGUACCAACUGGAGCAGGAAGGGGUCAUGAACUACUACGGAUAUAUGAAUAUUCAAGAGCCUCGACAAAUCCUGUACCAGUUCGAAUGGGAGGGGCGAGUCAAGCCCAUUACCUCCAUCAUGUACGGGGUCAGCCCUGAGUUCGAGGUGGCUAUUUUCUCUGCUUGCUUCCUGACCAAUCGCAACGCCGUGUGCCCAAUGACCAUCAACGGCGGCAGUGCGUCGGUGCAAACGUGGGACAAGGACGGGCAAGACGUCUUGGGAUCGGCCUACUUCGUCGCGUAGGUUCCACAGGUUCUGCGUGCAUGGAGCUGGGCAGAUCAGAAAAGUUGUAAUUUGGGGCAACCGCAGGAAGCUGUAAUUAAUAAUACAUGUGCUUAUGCUUGUCCAUCAUGCAUGUUUGGUCCAAUGCACGCUCCAAUCCGAAGUUACGUAAUUUUUACAACGUUGUUUUAAUUGCAGUUUUCAAGUUAAUUUCAGAAUGAAAUUAUAAGUAAGAGAGAUUAACCAUCAUCAGCACGGAACACCAGUCCCGUAGUUAGAAAACCUGUAACCCGUCUUAAUCAGGAUCAACCAGACCUCCGAAACGCAACGUCAACAUAAGAUGAUUCUAUGUCACAAUUUUCAUAGAAUAAGCCCACUUAUAUAAAUUAACUAAAAAUAAAGGAAAUAUCCCUGGAUUGCGCUUCUCAGAUACGUCUAUACUAAAUAAAACAUUACAUCUUGGAUACGAGGUAGAUAGCCACGAUGGUACAGGGCACCAAUUAUGUGUUCUGUGUAGGGGACAUUUAUACACAUUUAUACAGAUUAGUAGGUUGGUUUGCGGAUUUCGUGACGUCAUGACGAUGUCUUUCAAAAUGACGAAAAAUUUCGUUUCUUACACCAAACAAGCUCCUAUCUAUCAAAUUGGGCAAGAUUCGCCUCCGUGAUCCUCCUUCCCGAUGCUUUGAACCAGACGUUCUUGUCGAAGAGGUUUGGGAUGAGGGAGUCGGCUAGCGUCGUAGCUCGCCUGGCUCUUUCAAGCGCCUCGGGACCAAAAACAACGCCCUCUGCUUGAUCCAACGUUAAAUCGUCCAGAUCAUAGAUCCUAAAAUUAUCUGGUAUUAUAUUGUCAGGAUAACAUUGAGGUUUUUGUUAGCGUAACCUACGGCCAACAUUUCGUUCGAUACCACGCAUUAACAGACUUGCAACUUAUGCAUGAUCGGACCCCGUCUUUCAAGUAACUUCAGAUUUUCACAGCGUUUGUCAUCGUUCAAGACACCGUCAUCGUGACGUAGUAUAUCACGUGUCCCAACUCGUUUGCUAUGUUUGCUCUGGGAAACUACUGCGAACCAACGUCGAGAUACGCUACUACCCUUCUUGUGAGGGCAGUUCUCCCACGUGGGUUGAGACGCUGUAGUCAAAUGUCCUCAAAUUAAUCAAAUGCAAAACAUGUCCACAUCACAGGGUUAUAAAAAAAGGAAACGGGUAUCUGAAGUCACUGGCAUCAUAGCUAUCAAGAGUUGGUAGUUGCUUUUCAACGCUUACUGAGAUUUGGAAUGUUGGAAUCUGGACAGUCCGACAGCCGAUAAAAUUGGAUUCUUUGUAUUGUGCUUCCAUUUCUUGAAGCCGGGAGAAAAGGGGACUUUAACAUAAUCAAGGGACGAUAUCAAAACCAAUGAAUAAUCUGAGUAUUUUACCAGUUCAAUGACUGCAGUUGAAGAGUGUAGUGUAAAUUGUAGGGGCACGACAAGUUACGAGCACGAUGUGCGCUGCACACCCAAUCAAACAAGGAUCCAGGAAAUGAAUUCUUCUUAGAAUCACUUUU